UGGAAGGAUCCUAUGAUAAUUAAGCUUUGGCAAUGGUGUUUGUGAUCAUGGAGAAGAAGUGGAUAUUCCCUUUUGUGAUAUCUUCCCUUGUAUGCAUCUUCUUCCUCGUCUCGUCCUUCAACAUGGGGAUCGUUUCAUCAGUUUAUAACAUCAAUUCAAUCUUCUCCAUUUUCCCGAUGAAUCAAAGAAAGCCGGGGUACGUCGAGUCGGAGGCCGAGCUCAAUCCGCCUCCGCCGCCGGCCGGUCCGCCCAUACCUCGAUUCGCUUAUUUGAUUUCGGGAUCAAAGGGUGAUCACGAAAAGCUAUGGAGGACUCUCCAUGCGUUGUAUCAUCCAAGGAAUCAAUAUGUGGUUCAUUUGGACCUUGAGUCACCUGCAGAGGAAAGGCUGACGUUGAAUUCAUGGAUUCGAAACCAGACGGUUUUCUCGAAAAUCGGGAACGUUUUUAUGGUCACCAAGGCUAAUAUGGUUACUUAUAGAGGUCCAACAAUGGUGGCUAAUACCCUCCAUGCUGCUGCCAUUCUUCUCAAGAGAAACAAAGAUUGGGAUUGGUUUAUAAAUCUCAGUGCAUCAGAUUAUCCUCUUGUGACUCAAGAUGAUCUUCUUUAUGCGUUUUCGCCUUUAAACCGGAACCUUAAUUUCAUCGAACACACGAGCGAGCUUGAUUGGAAACGGGAAAAGAGAGCGAUGCCUUUGAUUAUAGAUCCGGGACUCUAUAUGUCAACCAAGUCUGAAGUAUAUUGGGCUACACAGAGAAGAAAACUGCCUACAGCAUUUAAAUUAUAUACAGGUUCAGCAUGGACGAUUAUGUCGCGUCCGUUCAUCGAGUACAUUAUUAUGGGAUGGGAAAAUCUACCCAGAAUUCUUCUCAUGUACUACACAAACUUCAUCUCUUCCCCUGAAGGCUACUUUCAGACAGCCGUGUGCAAUAAUCCGGAAUUUGCCAAGACUGUCGUCAAUCAUGAUAUGCAUUAUAUUAAAUGGGACAAUCCUCCUAAACAGCACCCGCAUGUACUUUCCCUUAACGAUUUAGGCAGGAUGAUCCGGAGCAACGCUGCAUUCGCUCGCAAGUUCGAACAAAAUGAUCGUGUAUUGGAUAAGAUCGAUGUUGAUUUGCUUGGCCGCGUUAACGUGAGCUUCACUCCCGGUGGUUGGUGCUCCGGGAAACUGCAGUGUUCAGAAGUUGGGGACAUUGACAAGCUUAAGCCAACUCCCGGAGCUCGAAGGCUUCGCCGUCUCUUAGAUAGAUUAGCUAUGAAAGCUUAUCUUGGUCAAGAUCAAUGUAGAUAGCUAACAUGAUGGGGAUGUUCAAUGAGGCAAGACCAAGCUGUGAAAAAUGGAGAAUUUGAAUAACGGCAUUGCUCCAUAGCUGUGAAAAAUGGUACUCAAUUUGAACCCGC